UGCAAACAACAACUAUACAAUUGCCAAGGGGGUCCGCAAAAAGAACAAUAAAGAAAAGCAGCAUGUGAUUCCCACUCCAUCAUUUCUCUACUCAUGGAAAAAAGCAAAGCUACUUGCCAAUCGAGAAGGCAAAUAAGGCAAGAAAUUUACAAGAAAGGAGUUGUUUGUCUGUUUGACUGUUAGAUUGGAAUUGCUCCUUUUUACAGCAACCAGACUCCCUUAUAGAAACAAGAACAUCAAUCGAUGUUAAAGGCUUGGACAUCGAUCUUUGAGAAAUUCAGAAACAAAACAUCACACUCUCCCUUUCAGCUUCUCAAGAGAUGGGAGGCGGAACGACAGAUCUGAAUGAAGAUACAGCAGGUGUUUAUCUCCCCCUUCGGAAUGAUGAUGGCAUUGUUAAUGCUUCCGAUGACAGUCGAUUGAAACAGCUGGGUUACAAGCAAGAACUUAGCCGUACCCUCUCGCUAAUUGCAAAUUUCUCAGUGACCUUCUCCAUUGUGUCAGUCCUCACCGGUCUGACAACGAUGUACAGUUCGGGUCUAACCUACGGUGGGCCAGUUACGAUGGUAUAUGGGUGGCCAGUAGUGGGUAUGCUGACCCUCACCGUGGGGGUGUCUAUGGCUGAGAUUUGUUCCGCUUAUCCUACUUCUGGCGGGCUUUACUUUUGGAGUGCAAGGCUUUGUGGCCAAGAUUGGGGGCCUCUUGCUUGUUGGCUCACUGGCUGGUUCAACAUUGUUGGUCAGUGGGCUGUUACAACCAGUGUAGAUUUCUCACUUGCACAGCUGAUUCAGGUUAUCAUUCUCCUUAGCACAGGUGGAAAAAAUGGUGGUGGAUAUGAAGCAUCCAAAUAUGUAGUUAUUGCUAUGCAUGGGGGGAUUUUACUCCUGCAUGCUGCACUAAAUAGUCUUCCCAUCUCACUCUUAUCUUUCUUCGGACAGCUGGCUGCUGCCUGGAAUCUUGUAGGUGUUGUGGUUCUUACAAUACUCAUUCCCCUUGUUGCAACGGAAAGGGCUAGUGCCAAGUUUGUGUUUACACACUUCAACACUGAUAAUGGGGAUGGAAUCAAUAGUAAAGCUUACAUUUUUGUUCUGGGGCUUCUGAUGAGUCAAUAUACCCUCACUGGGUAUGAUGCAUCUGCUCAUAUGACAGAGGAAACUAAGAAUGCGGAUAAGAAUGGCCAAAAAGGAAUAAUUAGCGCCAUCGGGAUAUCAGUUAUAUUUGGAUGGUUUUACAUACUUGGUAUCACCUUUGCAGUCACCAACAUCUCUUACCUCUUGAGUGAAGACAAUGAUGCUGGUGGUUAUGCCAUUGCUGAAAUAUUUUACCUAGCUUUUAAGAAAAGAUAUGGCAGUGGGGUUGGUGGAAUUAUUUGCUUGGGAGUGGUUGCUGUUGCCAUAUUCUUCUGUGGAAUGAGUUCAGUUACUAGCAACUCUAGGAUGGCCUAUGCGUUUUCUAGAGAUGGAGCCAUGCCACUCUCAUCACUUUGGCACAAAGUGAACAAGCAGGAGGUCCCCAUAAAUGCUGUUUGGCUCUCUGCGGUCAUAUCAUUCUGCAUGGCAUUGACGUAUCUUGGAAGUGAGGUGGCAUUUCAGGCCAUGGUUUCUAUUGCUACGAUUGGGCUGUACAUUGCUUACGCCCUACCCAUUUUCUUCAGGUUGACUUUGGCACGCAAGUCUUUUAUCCCGGGACCAUUCAACUUGGGUCGCUAUGGUGUCCUUGUUGGAUGGAUUGCAGUCCUCUGGGUAGCAACUAUCUCAAUCCUCUUCUCAUUGCCUGUAACCUACCCCAUCACUAACGAGACGCUCAACUACACUCCUGUAGCUGUUGGUGGUUUGCUAAUUCUUACCAUCUCUUCUUGGAUCUUGAGUGCUCGUCAUUGGUUCAGAGGUCCUGUAACCAAUGUAGAAAUCUAAGUACGAGCAUAAAGUGAUCUUAAUUUCUUAGGAAUGUUAAUUUUUAUCUAGCAUGUAUAUUCUACGCAUCAAGGAAAGAUAAGUUUGAAGGAAAGAAAUUCUAUUGAUUAUAACGAGGAUAUUCAUCCUACCAUGAAGUAAGAAGCCUUGAUCAGAUGUACAAGGGAAUAAAAUUUCCCUGUCGACAACAGAUAAGCAAGGACGUUGAUGUUGAUUUAGCACAUCCUUUCGAACAUUGUUCAAUCUAGUUAAAACAUGGAUCAAUCUACUUUUCUUAUCAUUGUCCGGUUAACUUGCUGCACUUGCUGAAGAAAUCAAGAAAUCGUGUCAAAAAAGUAAUGAUAUGUUUGUUAGUUGUCUUCUGC